ACUAGGGUUUAAGUAGCCCACAAUUUUUCUCUGCGAUUCCAAAUUCCUUCUCUCUACCACUCUGGAAUCAGAACAAACAGGGCAAUUUUCGGAUCGACAUUGAGGGAGUGUUAGAGUUGGAGAUUUCACAUAUUGAGGGUUUAGAUUCAUAUUCUUAGUGACUCAUGGAGACCUUAGAAACAUCUCGAGAGCCCUGCCCUGACCGUAUUCUUGAUGAUAUCGGAGGUGCAUUUGGUAUGGGUGCUAUUGGAGGUGCAGUAUUCCUUUUUUUGAAAGGCAUAUAUAACUCUCCUAGUGGAGCUCGCUUGUUUGUAUGAAUGCCCCUCGAGUUGGUGGUAGUAUGUAGUAUGCUGUUUGGGAUGGUCUUUUCUCCACAUUUGAUUGCACAAUGGUCUACAUGCAAUAAAAAGAGGAUCCAUGGAACUCAAUAAUAGCAUGUGCUGCCACUGGAGGUUUUCUUUCAAUGCGUCAGGGAUUUGGUGCUGCUUCCAGAUCAACAAUCUUUGUUGGUGUUGUGCUUGCUUUGAUUGAAGGAGCAGGCAUCAUGUUGAAUAAGCUUCUUAGUGCACCACAAAAUAUGCCUAUCAUGAUGGAACAGCCAGCACCAAAUGUGGCCGUUAUGCCUGGAAUUCCAAUGUGACAACUGCUAGGUCAAGCCCUAGUAUGGUCAACACCACCGCCAACAUCUCCUGCAUCAUCUUCUUCUUCAUCAUGGUUUGGUGGCCAUUUUGGUGGUGAAAAGAAGCAGGAGACAACAAGUAGUGGAAGUAAGACAGGUUUUGGAAAGCUUUGAUGCUCCUCCAGUGCCAUCAUUUAAAUAUAAUUGAAGUGGAUUCGUUGGCAAGAUAUUGCAUCCUCUUUGUCACUUUUAACAUUGCUUUAUUUACAUUUUCAAAUGCUAGAACUCAAUAGAGGUCAGCCCUUGUGGGGGACCUGGACUUUGUCAUUACAUUUGAUUUAAAAGUUUGCUAUUGCUUGUGUUCUAACAAUAAUUCAUUCAAAUUAAA